ACGGGACGCGGGCACCUGCUGAGCGCCCCCUUUGCGCGCACUUUGCGCCCCAGUUGCGUCCCCGCGAUGCGGAACCCCGGUGCCCUCCUGCUGCUGCCGCUGCUGGCCGGGCUUGGGGGGACCUCGGUCCCCGACCCCCCUCAGGUCUGCGCCCUUGGGAGCUGCUACCCGGCCACUGGGGACCUGCUGGUGGGGCGAGCUCCCCGCUUGAGCGCCACCUCCACCUGCGGGCUGCGGCGGCCACAGCCCUACUGCAUCGUCAGCCACCUCCAGGAGGAGAAGAAGUGCUUCAUCUGCGACUCGCGGCGGCCCUACGAUGCCCGUGCCAACACCAACAGCCACCGCAUCGAGAACGUGGUCACCACCUUCGCCCCCCGGCCCAAGAAAGCCUGGUGGCAGUCGGAGAACGGCGUGGAGCAUGUCAGCAUCCAGCUGGACCUGGAGGCCGAGUUCCACUUCACACACCUCAUCAUGACCUUCAAGACGUUCCGGCCCGCGGCCAUGCUGGUGGAGCGCUCGGCUGACUUCGGGCGCAGCUGGAAGGUCUAUCGAUACUUUGCCUAUGACUGUGACACCUCCUUCCCCCACGUCCCCCGUGGGCCCCCACGCCGCAUCGACGACGUAGUCUGCGAGUCCCGCUACUCCGACAUCGAGCCCUCCACCGAGGGGGAGGUCAUCUACCGGGUGCUGGACCCCUCCAUCCCUAUCCGGGACCCCUACAGCCCUGACAUCCAGAACCUGCUGCGCGUCACCAAUCUGCGCGUGAACCUCACCAAGCUGCACACGCUGGGGGACAACCUGCUGGACACGCGGCGGGAGAUCCGGGAGAAGUACUAUUAUGCGCUGUACGAGCUGGUGCUGCGCGGGAACUGCUUCUGCUACGGGCAUGCCUCUGAGUGUGCCCCACUCAGCGGGGCCCCCGCCACCACCGAUGGCAUGGUCCAUGGGCGCUGCGUCUGCAAGCACCACACACAAGGACUGAACUGUGAGCGCUGUGAGGACUUCUACCAUGACCUGCCCUGGCGCCCGGCCGAGGGCUCCAGCACCAAUGCCUGCCGCCGAUGUGACUGCAACGAGCACUCGCGGCGCUGCCACUUCGACAUGGCCGUCUUCCUGGCCACCGGCAACACCAGCGGGGCCGUGUGUGAUGGCUGCCAGCACAACACCAUGGGCCGCCGCUGCCACCUCUGCAAGCCCUUCUACUACAAGGACCCCAGCAAAGACCUGCGGGACCCCGCAGUGUGCCGAGCCUGUGACUGUGACCCCGAGGGCUCUCUGGACGGUGGGAUGUGUGACAGCGCUGACGACCCAGCCCGGGGGCUGAUCACAGGGCAGUGCCGCUGCAAGGAGCACGUGGCCGGUCCCCGCUGCGACCGCUGCAAACCCGGCUUCUUCGGCCUCAGUGCCACCAACCCGCAGGGCUGCCAGCGGUGCCAGUGUGACCCCCGUGGCACAUUGGCCGAGGGCAGCCAGUGUGACCCUGUGAGUGGUGAGUGCUUCUGCAAGAGGCUGGUGACUGGGCACCGCUGCAAUCAGUGCCUGCCCGAGCACUGGGGGCUGAGCCACGAUGCCCCAGGUUGCCGGCCCUGUGAAUGUGAUGUGGGGGGUGCCCGCAACAACCAGUGUGCCAUGGAGACGGGACAGUGCCAGUGCCGCAGCCACAUGGUGGGACGACAGUGCGACCAAGUGGAGCCUGGCUUCUACCGCAUCAACUUGGACCAUUAUACCUAUGAGUCUGAGGAUGCUCGGCUCCAUCAGGGCUCAGUGGUGGAGCGUGAGCCCUCCACGGACCGCCCACCUUCCUGGACUGGGACAGGCUUUGCCCGCAUGGUGGAGGGUGGCUGGCUGGAGUUCCAUGUGAGAGACGUGCCCUUCUCCAUGGAGUAUGACGUGAUCAUCCGCUAUGAGCCGCAGCACCCAGAGCCCUGGCAGGAGGUGAGGGUGAAGGUGCUGCGCCCCAGCCCUGUCUCCGCCAGCAGUCCUUGUGGGAACACCAUCCCGGCUGAUGACCAGCUCUCCACCAGCCUCCCAUCUGGUGCCAGGUACGUGGUGCUGCCGCAGCCCAUCUGCCUGGAACGGGGAGUCUCCUACACCAUUCGAGUGGAGCUGGGCUGUGCCUCCGCUCGGCAGGAUCCCAGCGCCAGCGUGCUCAUCGAUUCGCUGGUGCUGAUGCCCCGUCACUCCUCACUGGAGAUGUUCAUUGCGGGAGACCCCAUCUCCAUGAAGCGCCGCGAGACCUUCGAGCGGUACCGCUGUGCCCAGCCCUUCUAUGCUGCGGGUCCCUCGCCUGUGGCUGAGCCCUGCUCCAGGCUCCUGCACAGCCUGUCUGCCAUCCUGCACGACGGGGCGCUGCCCUGCCUCUGCGACCCCCAGGGCUCCACCAGCGCCGAGUGCCAGCCGCAGGGCGGGCAGUGCCAGUGCAAACCCAACGUCAUGGGGCGGCGCUGCCACCGCUGUUCCCCAGGCACCUUUGGCUUUGGGACCAGUGGGUGCCGAGCAUGCCAGUGCAGCAGUGAGGGGUCGGUGAACCCCAUCUGUGACACCACCACGGGGCAGUGCUCCUGCCGGGAGGGUGCCCAUGGCUCACGCUGCGACCGCUGCCAGCCUGGCCACUGGGGCUUCCCGUCCUGCCGACCCUGCCAGUGCAAUGGGCACGCCGAGGAGUGUGACCCACGCACGGGCAGCUGCUUGCGCUGCCGCGACCACACCGAUGGCGAGAGGUGCCAGAGAUGUGCAGCUGGGCACUUCGGGAACCCGGCGCUGGGCUCUGGGCAGCACUGCCGGCCAUGCCCGUGCCCCGAUGGACCCAGCAGCCCCCGGCACUUCGCUGCAUCCUGCUACCAGGACAGCCGGUCCCGGCAGGUCGUCUGCCACUGCAGCCCCGGGUACACAGGUCCCCGCUGUGAUGAGUGUGCUCCCGGCUACUAUGGGGACCUGCAGCAACCCGGCGGGCGCUGCCUGCCCUGCCAGUGCCAUGACAACAUCGACAUGACCGAUCCAGAGGCAUGCGACCGGCGCACGGGGCACUGCCUGCGCUGCCUGUACAACACAGCGGGGCCGCACUGCGCCGAGUGCCAGCCCGGCUUCUAUGGGGAUGCCACACGGCACAGCUGCCGACGUUGCUCCUGCAACCCACUGGGCACCGACCCCAGCACCUGCAGUGCCCAGCAGUGUCAUUGCGAUGUGCGCAGCGGGCAGUGCCACUGCCUGCCCAACGUGGAGGGACAGAGCUGCGACCGCUGCAGCCCCAACUUCUGGAACCUGGGCAGUGGGCAGGGCUGCCAGCCCUGUGCCUGCCACCCCCAGCACGCCCUGAGCCCUGCCUGCAACCAGUUCACAGGGCAGUGCUCGUGCCGGCCAGGCUUCGGGGGCCAGACCUGUUCUGACUGCCAGGAGCAGCACUGGGGUGACCCGCGGCAGCAGUGCCGAGCCUGCGACUGUGACCCCCGUGGCGUUGCCAGUGCCCAGUGCCACCGUGGCAGUGGCCACUGUGACUGCCGGCCCGGCAUCUCCGGCGUGCGCUGCGACCAGUGCGCACGGGGCUUCUCCGGCAUCUUCCCUGGCUGCCAGCCCUGCCACCCCUGCUUUGGGGACUGGGACCGCGUGGUGCAGGACCUGGCUGCGCACACCCGGGCACUGGCACAGCGCAUCAGCCUCCUGCAGCACACCGGGGCUGCCAGCGCCUUCCAGGGCACCUUCCGGCGGCUGGAGGAGAACCUCGCCACCGUGCGGGACAUGGUGGCUGCCCAUAACACCACCAUUGGUACUGCUGCCCACCUCACACACGCCACGGAGGGGCUGCGGCGGCACAUCGAAGAGGCAACGGAGAGGCUGACGCGGGUGGAGGGGGAGCUGACGGCUGCCCAGGAUGCCAACUUCAAUGCCAGCCACGUGCUGAGUGUGGUGGACCGGGGUGCCCGCGCCCUCAACCACAGCCUGCAGGACCUGGAGCAGCGGCUGCAGGCCCUCAAGACCUCCAAUUUCCUUGGUGCCUACGACAGCAUCCGUGAGGCCUAUGGGGAGUCACGGGAUGCAGAACGCCAAGCAGACACCUCCACCCGUGCUGUACCCAGCCCCAUCAGCACCUCCGUGGCCACCCGGCACCGCACCGAGCAUCUACUGGCCAGCCAUAGGGAUGACUUCAACCGCCAGAACGCAGCCAGCCGGCGGGCACUGAUGGACCUGGCGGCGAGAGCACAGGCGCUGAGCCUGCACCCACUCAAUGAGAAGGUCUGCGGUGCUGUGGGUGACGUGCCCUGCGCUGAGAGCCCCUGCGGAGGAGCUGGGUGCCGGGAUGAGGAUGGGGGACGGCGCUGCGGGGGUCUGAGCUGCGGCGGAGCUGUGUCCACGGCAGACAGUGCACUGGACCGGGCACGCCAUGCGCAGGAGGAGCUGCGGCAGGCGGCCAGCGACAUGGCCCAGCUCUCCCACAAGGUGGCUGAGGCCAAAGGGAAGGCAGAUGAGGCUCGGUUGCGGGCACAGGCGGCUCUGGACAAAGCAAACCAGACCAGGGCCCGUGUGGAGAGCUCCAACAAGGAGCUGCGGGAGCUCAUCAGCCACAUCAAGGCCUUCCUGAGCCAGGAGGGUGCCGACCCCGAGAGCAUCGAGGUGGUGGCCAGCCGUGUGCUGGAGCUCUCGCUGCCAGCCGCGCCGGCGCAGAUCCACCGCCUGGCCGAGGAGAUCAAGGCGCGGGUGCGCAGCCUGGCCAGCGUGGACGCCAUCCUGGAGCAGACGGCCGGCGACGUGCGCCAGGCCGGGCAGCUGCUGCAGGAGGCACAGCGAGCGCGGUCGCGGGCUGAAGGCGUGCGGGACACGGCUGAGGUGGUGCGGCAGGCGCUGGAGGAGGCGCGGCGGGCACAGGGCAUGGCGGAGGAGGCACUGCAGCUCGCCAUGGGUGACAUCCAGCACAGUGAGAGAGCGCUCGGCACGAUGCAAGCCCAGACAGCAAGUGCCGAGCAGCGCCUGGCGGGUGCCAUGGGUCAGAUUGGGGUGCUGGAUGGGCAGAUGGAUGCCCUGAAGGUGAAACGCGCCAACAACAGCCUGGCAGCCACGCGAGCACAGGAGGCGGCCGGCACCGCACGGGACCGUGCUGGCGAGGCCAAGCAGGUGCUGGAGGGGCCGCUGCGGGACCGGUACCGCACGGCACAGGAGUUGGUGCAACACCGUGCCGAGGGCGCGCGGCAGGCAGGCAGCCGGGCACAGCGCCUGCGGGACGAAGCCGCGGGGCUGCUGCAGGACGCGCAGGGCAAGCUGCAGCGGCUGCGAGCGCUGGAGGAGGAGUAUGAGCGCAACGAGCGUGUGCUGGACGCCAAGGCGGCCCAGCUGGGUGGGCUGGAGGCCAGGAUGAGGGACGUGCUGGCCACCAUCAACCAGCAGGUCCAGAUCUACAACACGUGCCAGUGAGGACACCCCCGAGCCCACAUAGCCCCUGCCUGCGGUGGGCACGGUGGAGCUGCAGGGCACCUCCUGUGUGAAUAAAGUUACAGAGCAAGA